AUGGCCGAAGAGCGGCGGGUGGCGGCGUGGCGGCGUGGCGGGCGCGGGACCUCGCGCGGGACGAGGCGCGGGCGCGGGACAGGCCGGCGGCCGCGAGGAGGCGCGACUGGCUCGCCGCAGCUGGCACAGACGCUCGACGCCACGCCGGCGCACCGUAGGGCCCACGAAAAGGCAAGGCUACAUGCGCUAGCCGCGCGGCGUGGCGUUCUCCUCGCUGACCACGUGUCGGAGCAUACCGCCGCCGCCGACUGGCGUUGGGGCGAGCCGCUGGUAUCCGAUCCUCCGCCGCCACCGCUUGCCCAGCCCUCAGCAGAUGCUCAGCUUGCUGUGGUGCGGAGGCUGGCAGAUCUUGCGUUCCUGGACGCGGUCGUCCGCCGACCUGACGCCAGCGACUCUCUGCUUGCUUCUGGCUCUGGUGCCGGCGCGAGCAGCGGCUGUGGUAGUGACAGUGGCAGUGUCAGCGACGACGAUCCGUGGGCAGCAUGGGAGCUGGCACUACCGGCGCCGUCCCCGCGCCCGCAAGCCGAGUAUGAGUACGAGUACGAGUAUGAGCUUUUGGAUGGCUCGUCCGAGCAGCAGAUGCAGACGCCUGCUCGCCAGCUGCCACUCCCGAUGUCUGAGACCCUCUGGCGGGCUGAGCACGAGCACGAGCAAGAGCAGGAGCAGGAGCAGGCUCCAACGCCGCGACUCGAUACGCCGAUCCCAGUCCCACCUCCACGCUCGGCGCCUGCAUCUCCAGCUGCAACGUCAGUGCGGACUUGCAUCCAGAACGAGCUAGAUGCUGAUGUGCAGAACCUCCGUGUGCAAGCCACGGUGCAAGCGGCCAAGGUGACGCCGGCGCGCGAGGUCCAGAGCAUCGAGGUGGAUGCCGACAAGCGGCCGUCUGCGCCUGGCUCGCCGUAUGUGCAGAACGCGUGGUUUCAGGCGACGCUUCGGUCUGCUGAUCCGACAGAGUCGUCCCAGGUUGAAACGCUCGACGACGCCACUGUCAAGAUGUUGCGGGAGCGGCAGGCAGCAGUGGCAGCGGGUACUAUUGCGUCUCCGAUGAGGACGCCCGCUCGGCGGGGCCGGCGGCGCGUGCCGCGGGUCGACGACGAAACGCCGAUGGAGGCUCAACUGCAGCGGGCGAUGGCCGCGGGUGCAGACGCGCUGUUUGUGUUUGAGCUGGCAAACGGUGAGGCCAUGCAUGUGCCGGCGCGGCUGGCGCAGGCUUGCCUGGCUCUCCCACGGCUGGCUCGCCACGGCGCCUCGUUUUUCUGGCCAGGCCUCGCCGCGCACGUUGCUGCCGACGCGCUACGGUUUGUGCAGGGUCCGGUCGAGUGGAUGGAGGCGUUUCUCGAGGCCGAGGUUGGUGCCGACGAGACCUGGCGCCUGCUCCUUGCGGCCGACCUGCUCCAGAUUCCGUCGCUCUUUGUCUUUUUAGCCACCCACGUCCUGCACACUGCUGGCAGCGAGCGGCUGCGCGCGUUUCUGGCCUCGUCGUUCAUCCUUGCGCAUUCGGUCGAUCAGAUUGUCGAGCUGCAGCGGCUGAUGUACACGCCCAAGAAUGGCCCGCUCUGGGACGCCAUUCAUAGCCUCAAGCUGAAAGCGCUCGAGCGCGAGACUCGCCAGCUUGCAGCCGAUCAUGCUGCAUCGCCGGGAGCUGCCACCCUCCACGCCUACCAGACAGCGGGCUCGCUCGCGGUGGCUUACAGCCCGGUCAACCGCAAGCAUCAGCGGAUUCCAGUGAGAGUGCCCAAGACGCCGCGACAGCUGCACCACGAUGCCGGCAUGGUGGGCUUGGACUGAAAGAGAGGGAAAAAGGGAUGUUGUCACUGGGUCAGAGAAUGACGGCCACAACAAGUGCCGCUGCCACCGCCACCGUCGCCGCUGCCAGGCCCGGACCGGAGGCACGCGCCGACG